AUAGCCAAGAAAAUUAGCUUCAUCAGCAUUCAGCUUUGUCCUUCUAGAUAAUCUAUAUUUGAGGCAAUGUAAUGUUUAACAGAGGAAAACAGCAGUAUGAGUAAAGCAGCCAGGAACAGCACAACCCAUAUGAGUGCAGGACCCUUCUGAAUGCAAUCUUCCAGUAACAAAGGAUUGCUGCAGCUGGAGGAAAGCAGAAUUGAAGUGAGCAGUACUGGGUAGGAAUUGCAUCUACGAUCAAAAGCGGCAGCAUUUCAAAACUCUGCCAUAGAAAAGGCAAAGAUCAGGAGAUUAACAGCAAUUAACAAAUAGCUGUUGAAGUAACUGCAAAGGAUGAUGAAGGCCACCUUCACAGUAUCCUUGGUGGUGGCUGUGCUUUACCCUUCUGUUCAUAGUGUGAUCCAGCCUAACCACCAUGAUGAUGAGCCCCAGGCAACUCACCUCCAGGAUCAGCAUUCCCAUGAGGGAGAUCCUCUUGGGUUCUGCCAACGGAUAGUCCCCAGCAACACGGACUUUGCCUUCAGGUUUUACAGGCAAGCGUCUGCCCAGGCACCUGGCAAGAACAUUUUCUUCUCCCCAGUCAGUGUGUCUGCUGCCUUUGCCCUGCUGGCCCUGGGCUCCAGAGCUGCAAGCCGGGUUCAGGUGCUGGAGGGGCUGGCCUUUAAUCUCACCAGCACCCGGGAGGAGGAGAUACAUGAUGGCUUUCGUCAUCUCCUCUUCUUGCUGAACCAUCCUGGCAGCCAGGUGCAGCUGAGCAUGGGGAACACCCUGUUCAUGGAUGAACACUUGACACCACUGAAAACAUUUCUGAAGGAUAUCCAAAGAACGUACAAGGGAAAAAUUAUUUCUUUUAAUUUCCAGAAUUCAACUGAAGCUAAAAAAGUGAUCAACGAUCACAUAAAGAACCAAACCCAUGGGAAGAUAAAUCAAAUAGUUGCAGACCUUGAUCCAAACUCUCUAAUGGUACUUGUUAACUAUAUUUAUUUCAAAGCCUACUGGGAAAAUCCUUUCAAUGUGAAGGGGACUCGCAAGGAUUAUUUCUAUGUGAAUGCGAAGACCUCAGUUGAAGUGAAGAUGAUGACUCGAGAUAGCUUUUAUAAAACAUACUAUGACAAGACACUGUCUUGCAAGGUGGUGCAGAUUCCUUACAAGGGAGAUGUUGCAGCAUUGUUUGUCCUGCCCAAUGAAGGAAAAAUGAAAUGGUUGGAGAAUGCCUUGACAAAAGAAACUGUGUCUAGAUGGGAAAAAUUACUUGAAAGACGGAGGAUAGAAGUGUAUAUUCCAAAGCUAUCUAUUUCUGGCACCUACGACUUAAAGAAAAUGUUCAUGAAUCUGGGUGUUACAGAUGUGUUUUCUGACUGGGCUGAUCUGUCUGGAAUCACAGGAAAGCCUGAUCUGAAGGUUUCAAGAGCUAUGCACAAGUCCCUGCUGAAUAUUCAUGAAAACGGCACAGAGGCUGCAGCAGUCACUGGCACAGACUUUGCUCCUCAUUCUGUUCCUCCUGUUGUAAAAUUCAAUCGUCCAUUUUUGUUGUUGAUUGUUGAUCAAUAUACUCAAAGCAUCCUCUUCAUAGGGAAAAUUGUAAACCCUAAUGAAAAAUGAUUAGUCCAUGACAUGUCUUAUUGAUUUCAAUUGCAUUCUUGAUGCAUUUAUAGUCUGUAAUUAAAGCCAUAUCAAAGCUGUUACUAACAUUUUCUUUUUCCAAAAAAAUGAUUGAGGCAAGAA